AUGCAGUGUAUAUUGGCGAUAUUUUGCUGGUGGUGUGCACCUUCCACUAAGCCCCCUGAAGAAGACAUUGGCAAUUCACCUGGCUAUAAACUCGCGUGCAAAAUGAUUAGGAAAUCCAUCAACUUCUCGGUGGAUCCAUGUCAGGACUUUUAUGAGUUUACUUGCGGUAACUGGGUAAAACAGAAUCCAAUUCCCGGUCACCACAUAUCUUAUUCUCAAUGGACAAAACUUGGAGAUAAAGUGGAAGAGGAACUAAGAGGUAAGAAUAUGAACGCGGAUACGCAUAACUGCAACUUUGCUUACUUUUACGUCUAA